UAUUAUAAUGUUUUCUUUCCCCUGUAAAUGCAACGCCAUAACCAAAUCCACUUCUUUUUCUUAUUAUGGGGAAGAAGAACCUCUCUGUUUCUCCAUGGUUAACUGCUGUCAAAAGAGCUUUUCGUUCUCCAUCUAAAGAUAAUAGUGCCACAAAACAAGAAGAUCUUAUUGGAGAAGAAAAGAAAAGAGAGAAGAAGACAAGAUGGUUGUUCCGGAAGCCAACCAAAGCAGACAAAAGAGAACCAAUUGUUCGGCCGUCGAGAGAAGAUUGCGCCGCCAUCUCAAUCCAGACUGCAUUUCGAGGAUUUCUGGCAAGAAGAGCAUUGAAGGCAUUAAGAGGAUUAGUCAAGUUACAAGCUCUAGUUAGAGGUCACAACGUUAGAAAACAAGCUCAAACAACACUUCAUUGUAUGCAAGCCCUUGUUCGAGUACAAUCUCAAAUACUCAAUCAACGCGCAGCCACACUUGAAGACACCCGUCGUCGAAGCAUUGAAAUGCAAAGAAGUUUAAGAGGAAGACACAAAUCUUUUGGAAAUGAAGUCGAAUCAAAUACGCAUUUUACACCGCCUUCUAAAGUGCAUUCAACCAUUAGUCCUCGAUACUCUAGAGAAGAAAUGUGGCCAUAUUUCAACAAAAAUGGUGUGACACCUCCAAAUCAACCGUUGCCUAACUACAUGGCGGUUACUGAGUCAGCCAAGGCUAAGGUGAAGGCUCGAGCACAAAGACUAGAUAUCGGGUCAACCGUUAGGAAGCGAUUGAUGUAUAAAGGUAGUGGUUAUGGAACUAGUUGUAGCUCGGUGAGUACUCCAAGCUUCAAAAGUGUGAAUGGACUAAUGUUUAGACAAGGAGUCAAGGUGGAACAACUAUCCAAUUACUCUUCAUGUUGUACCGAUCAAAGUUUUGUUGUUUCUCCUUCCCCACCGCCAAAGUCUAAAUUUCAUCAAAAAGUAAAUGGCAUGUAAAGGUUAAUUUUAAGAUUGAGGACUAGCUUAGUCUAUCUAGUUCUUAAGUUGUUCAGAUCAGUUUGUUUGCAUUUCAAAUGAUAUGUUCAAGACAUCACUUCUAUUA